AUGGCGACGACAUCCCAAGCCCCCCUGCGGUUUACCUCGCAUCACAACCUUGUCUAUCGACUGGUCCUCUCAACCUUGACCGGCCGCACGGUGCACAUUUCGCAGAUUCGCUCUUCCUCGCCCACGAACCCUGGUCUGGCGCCGCACGAGAUUUCUUUCCUGCGCCUACUCGAAGCUGUCACCAAUGGCUCCCAAAUGGAAAUUUCGUACACCGGCACGAUUCUUGUCUACAAGCCCGGCUUGAUCACUGGUAGCGCCAGCGGUGUCGGUGCUAGCGGUGGUGUGAUCAGACAUGAGCUUCCAUCAAACUGCAGCCGUGGAUUGAGUUAUUUCUUGAUCCCUCUAUGCCUGUUGGCUCCAUUCUCCAAAGCCCCUCUUAAGGUCCUCUUCUCCGGACCCGGUGUGAUUACCUCCUCGACCCCAACUGGCGAUAUGUCCGUUGACAGCGUCCGCACCGCCAUCCUCCCGCUGUACAACCAAUUCGGCAUGUUCAACAACGUCGAGCUGCGCAUCUUGAAACGCUCUAACCCCGGUCCUAACGGCCGCGGCGGUGGUGGUGAAGUUCAAUUCACUUUCGGCCACCAGAUUCGCCUACCCAAGACCCUGCACUUGAUGAACCCGGGCCGUAUAAAGCGCGUCCGCGGUGUCGCAUACUCGAUUGGUGUCUCCGGCUCUAACAACGCCCGUAUGAUCGAGUCUUGCCGUGGUAUUCUCAACCCGCUCAGCCCAGACACUUAUAUCUUCUCCGACGUCUCGUCAGCACCUCUCGUGCCGACCCCGGAUAAGAACAAUCCCAAUGCCAAGAAGAAGAUCGGCCUCGGAUUCGGUCUCUCCCUCGUCGCCGAGUCCUCCACCGGCUGUCUUUUCUCUGCUGAUGUCGCCUCCCCGCCUUCUGGCGGUGAAGCCCCCGAGGAUAUUGGCAAGAAGUGUGCUUUCCAGUUGCUCGAGACUAUUUCCAAGGGCGGUUGUGUACCCCCCGCUGCGGCUACGACUAUGUUGACCCUUAUGACUAUGGGUUCCGAGGACGUGGGCCGUUUGCAGGUUGGUCGUGAGGUUAUCGCCGAUCCUAAUAUGAUCCAGCUUGCCCGUGAUCUGUCCAAGUUCGGUGCCCCCGGCUGGGGUAUUCGUGAUGCCGCUGGUGAGAAUGAGGAUGGUGAUGUGAUUAUCAGUGUUGUUGGUCGUGGCAUUGGUAAUGUUGGCAGGAAGGUUGCUUAA